CACAGUAAUUUCGCCAAAAGGAACCCACACAAGGAGGGAACCAGCGGGGUCCCGGUUGCCGGUCAAAAGCAGCCGAACUUGAACUCAGACUCAGACCCAGACCCAGUUGAUUUUAGACUGAAAGUGACAAAAAGUUUAAACUCUCCACAGUCCCUACUUCCAUCUGAACACACAGCAAGCAGCGGCAAUCGGCAGAAGACAGACAUGUAUUACUAUAUAUUUAUGUAUCUCUGCGUGUAUAUGUUUGAUCGCUCCUAGCUCGUCCCCAUCCUCAAAGCCCCAAUCAAGUCCGCUCGCUAAUCAUCAUUAUUGUUUAUCCGAGUGACUUGUUGGUGAGUAAGCAUUAAUUUCUUUACGGAAUCUGUCUCUCUGAUGGCGCAAAUUAAGGAGACGCAUUAAAAGUGCCUGCCCACGGCCACGGCCUCGUUAUCCGCGCUCCGUUUCGAGCUCAACCCACCUCCCACAACACAACAACAAGCUACUGGUCCUCGCUCCGCAACAUCUUUGCAAAUCCAGACAAAUAUACUGAUAAAUAUAUUCAAGCACUGGGAGAGAGUCGAUUAUGGCGUAUCUGAUGGUGUUUCAGGCUUCUCGAUCAAGCUUCUAAUCUAUGUUAAUUCCAUACAAAAAUAUAUAGCGAAAGAGAGGGAGUGUGUGUGUCGUGGGGGGCCAGGAUGCUGACCUGCAUAGCUCGGUCGAAGCAGCUCGGUGAUGAAUCGCUUAGUAAAGAUGAUUCUAAUGACCCUAACGGCACGUCAAGUAGCAAAGAAGCCGUUAAAUCUCUCACCUAUCAGAUUAAGGACAUGGCAUUGAAGGCGUCGGGGGCGUACCGGUGCAAUCCGUGUACCGGCACGGCGGCGCAUAAUCGGAACAAGAGCACCGCGGAAUCGGAUUCGGACUCGGCGUCGGCGUCGGAGAGGUCCCGGUGGCCGUACCGUCGGACGGCGAGCUCGAACUCGUCGGGGCAGUGGGGGAAGGAAAUGGAGGCGAGGCUAAAAGGGAUUUCGAGCGGCGAGAGGACUCCAGCGUCGGCGAGCGGUCGCCGUCUCGACCCCAUCGUCUUCGUGGAGGAGCACGAGCCGACGGAGUGGGUCGCGCAGGUGGAACCCGGCGUGCUCAUCACCUUCGUUUCGAUGCCACGUGGCGGGAACGAUCUAAAGCGCAUUCGGUUCAGCCGAGAAAUGUUCAACAAAUGGCAAGCUCAAAGGUGGUGGACAGAGAAUUAUGACAAGGUGAUGGAACUAUAUAACGUCCAAAGGUUAAACCGUGAAGCCUUUCCGCUUCCAACCCCACCCAGAUCUGAAGAUGAGAGUUCAAAAGUUGAGUCUGCCGUCGACAGCCCUUUUACACCUCCGCUGAGUAGAGAACGCCUGCCUCGCACAAUGUACCGUCCAAUGGGAACAGGACUGGGAUACUCAUCCUCAGAUUCACUUGAACAUCACUCAACACAAACUCACUACAACUAUGACUCUGGUGUCACUUCGACACCAAAACUCUCUAGUAUUAGUGCAGCUAAGACAGAAACUUCAUCAGUAGAUGCUUCCAUAAGAACAAGUUCAUCAAAGGAUGCAGAUCGCUCUGAAGAGCUAUCCGUCAGUAAUGCCAGUGAUCUGGAGACUGAAUGGGUUGAACAGGAUGAACCAGGGGUUUACAUUACCAUCAGAGCACUUCCUGGUGGCAGAAAGGAACUCAGACGAGUGAGAUUCAGUCGAGAAAAGUUCGGGGAAGUGCAUGCUAGAUUGUGGUGGGAAGAGAAUCGAGCCAGGAUACAUAAACAGUACUUAUGAAUGACUUGAGUGGAAGAAGGUGGUUUAAAAGUGAUCUUGUUUUGCUGGUUGUGGACUGGAGGUAGCACCUUGACAAUGUUGCUCUUCAUUUUAUCACAUACCAUUGAAAUGUGCCCCUCAAGAAUAUUGCAAGAUGGCACUACUCGCCUCCAGCUUAUGGAAGACCAUUCAAGUAGUAGUCUUGGCUUUGCAAUUGCUUCCAAUAAGAAAAAAAUAUUGUGGGUUGUGGGCUCUCUCUCUCUCUCUCUGUGUUUUCUGUGGAAGUACUGUAGUGGUGGCCAAAGGAUAUGGAAUUUUGUAUUUGGAGUUGUUGUGGGUAUAGGAAUUAAAGCUGAGAAUUGUGGAAUUUUGAAAUGCAUGAUAAGGGUAAAUUAGUUAGGUAGCCGUUUUUUUUUUUUUUUUUAAUCUUAUUUAAGAAGGCCAACAUGUACCUAUAAAUAUUUUCUUAUGUCAUUGAGAGAAUGUUCGAUUUACCAUUUUUGUUAGUGAAAGGGAGG